GGGGCCUAAGCGGGGCGGGGGAGUGGCGUGUGUGCAGAGCGGGGCGUUCGGGGGGCCCCGCUGCCUUGCUUCUCCAUGCGGGCGCCAGCGCUGAGUGGGGCUGGCGCGCCGGGCGCCGGAGGCAGCGCACGGUGCUGAGGGGCCGCGGCCCGGGGAGACGAUGGCAAAAUGGCUGAAUAAGUACUUCAGCCUGAGCAAUAACAAAACCAAGAGUCCCCCUCAGCCUCCGCGGCCCGACUAUCGAGAGAAGAGGAACGGUGCCGGCAGCGUGCCCCGCCCCGACGGGCCGCCGCACCUCCACCUUCACCACCACACGUCGCCCGGUUUCCCGCGCCGCCGCCUGCGCGACGACACCAGCGACCUUCUCCGCGCCUACCGAGCACAGAAAGACCGCGACUUCGAGGACCCCUACAGCGGACCCGGCUCCUCGCUUCUGAAGCUGCGUGCCAUGUGCCGCCCGGAUUACUCGGUGCCGGAGGAUCUGGGCGAGGCGGCCCCCAGGGCUUUCUCCUCCUCCUCAUGCUGUGCCGCGUCCCCCACCGCCGGGGCAGCCGGCUCCCCUCAGCUCUUUCGCAGCCACAGCGAGCGCCGCCCGGCCACGCCACCCGACGUGAAGUAUAUCUCCCCGAAGCAUCGGCUUAUCAAGAUCGAGGGUGGCGGUGGCCGCGAUGUAACAGGCAAGAAGCUCAACAAGGGCUCCAAGCAGCUGGCGACCUCUGUCCCCUCUGCCACGAAAGACAAAGUAUUGAUAGCUGAUGACUAUUCAGAUCCAUAUGAUGCCAAAAGUGAGUUGAACAGAAUUGGAAAAGGGGAGAAUACUGGCUAUAUGGAACCAUAUGAAGCCCAGAGAAUCAUGACUGAGUUUCAGAAGCAGGAAGGCAUGAAGUCCCAUCAAAAAAACAUGCAGCUCUAUGACACACCCUAUGAACCAGAAGGCAGUGGUGUGGAAUCCGAUUCUGAAAGUGUGGUGAGUCACCGUUUACGAGAAAGCAAAUUGCCACAGGAUGAUGACAGGCCUGCAGAUGAAUAUGAUCAGCCAUGGGAGUGGAACAAAGUCACCAUCCCAGCUCUGGCAGCCCAAUUUAAUGGAAGUGAGAAACGACAAACAUCUCCUUCUCCCUCAAAUGACCAGCACAGGCAGUUAAGAGCACCUGGAGGAGGCUUUAAACCUAUCAAACAUGGCAGUCCAGAGUUUUGUGAGAUCCUGGGAGAGAGAAUAGAUCCAAGUAUUCAACUGGAAAAGCAGAUAUGGUAUCAUGGAGCAAUCAGUCGGACGGAUGCAGAAAACCUCUUACGUUUAUGUAAAGAGUGUAGCUACCUUGUAAGAAAUAGUCAAACAAGCAAGCAUGACUAUUCUCUUUCACUGAAGAGCAGUCAAGGUUUUAUGCACAUGAAGCUGAUGAAGACCAAAGAGAAGUACAUCCUGGGUCAGAACAGCCCUCCCUUUGACAGUGUUCCUGAAGUCAUCCACUACUACACUACAAAAAAGCUGCCUAUCAAAGGAGCAGAACACUUGUCGCUGCUCUACCCUGUAGCUGUGCGGACCCUCUAAUAAUCUAGUCUCACCCCUUCCUGUGGAUGGGAGGUGAGAGGUAAGCUGGGUUGCACAGAAUUCAUUGCCAGAAUUCAGUGCUUGAGUCUGUGAUGGAGUGACAGCCUUUAGUCUUGGGAUUGUGGAUGCUCUGUAGAGUUGUGUAUGGUACUCUUAUGCUGCAGGGUGCCUCCAAAACCAGGCUUCUACAUAACAGAAAGAAAUUUUAUUUUAGUACAAAGAGAACAGACAACCUUCACAGAGCUUCUCUGUGAGUGAAAGUACUUCCCAAAAGUUCUUCCUCCAUGUUUUGAGAAGAAUCAACAAGUUCUUCUCAGCAGUAAAACGCCAGCAACUUUUAUUCUCUUGCUACCCUGAGAAACUUCUUCAUGUGAAAGAGUACCCUGACUGAGGGAACCCAGAGUCCCUUGAUGGACCUGAGAAAAAGCUGCUUAGCAGGUGAGUUCUGUGGCGCUGCUCACUUAGCCUGGUGGGUUUUGGGUGAUUUUUAAUGAAGUUUCUUGGGGUAGUCAAAUCUUGAACUCCUAUUAGGCACACAAUCUUAAAAUAAUUUUGUAAAAGCAAAUCCUGGUCAAUUAUUUAUGAAGAUGGAAUGUAAUGAAAAAGUAAUUUGUUAUAUAUUUUUAUCCUUUUUGGUAAAAUAAUCUCUUAAGGGUUACUGUAUUCAUUUGCAAGUUUCACUCAGAUGCAGGCAGCUAAUUCUGUUUGGUGCAGUUAAACCGUAAUGUUUUACGUAGUUAAGAAUGAGGCAUUUUAGUAUAUGGGUUAGUAUUUAUGCAUGUGGGUGGUCAGAGUCUUUUAUAAAGCUUUGUAGGCAAAAUCUUCACUUGCUCAUUCAUCUGUAUCAAACAGUCCUACUGAGAUAGCAGACUAACAAUUGUGUGUAAUACUGGCUUUCCCUAAGAUGAUAUUUGCAGCUGUACAAAUGAGAACUUUGGUAUGUAGCAGAAAUUUGUUUUUCUGGUGUAUCAAGACAUUUUUAAAACAAGGUUCCAUGAUACCUACCUUCUGGCCAGUGUUCAUUUUCACCAUAAGCAGAAGCCUUCUGCUGUAUUUCAGUCACUGUCAGCCAGAAGCACUGCACAAGCUGCUCUGAAUCUUAGUCCUGCCAACUCAGUGCCCAUCUACAUGAGAGAUAUUUUCUACAUGCUCUGUGUGCUCGUUCAAGGGGAUAAAUGAAAUAUAUAUAUAUAUAAUUGUGCAGAAAUUAGAACUGGACAAUCAAUAGCCUAGUAGUCCUCAUUUUGUGCCAUUUCCCACCUGUGUCUAGAAUGAUGUGCAUUAACCCACCAGCCGUUGUAGUAGCAGACUGGUUAUAUGCAGUAUAUGUAUUUUACAGGCUGCAAUAGGAGUGUGAAACUGUGUGUUAUUUAAUUCAGCUUUCUUACCUACUACUCUUCCAUUUUAUGUAUGUUUAGAAAGAAGUGCAAAUAGGAGAAUUGUAAUGAAAUAUCCACUUACUGCCUGUAAAAGUAGUGCUUCAUUAUAUUGUCUAAUCUGGUAAAAACCUCAAGGAUGUCCUGUAUAAUCUCACUGGUGAUGAAUGUUCUGCUUCCUUUUAAGCUUGCCUUGUUCUUUACAUGACAUCCAACACAGUUUUAACUGGACUGGAUCACAUAUGUGGGGAGCCCAUUGUCAUUCUGUGCAGCAACAGUAGCGGGUCAAGCUGCAGCUGUCUCACCCGAAUUUGAAUCUGCAUUGUAAUAGGCUCUUGGUGGUUUUCUGAGAGAACGGUGGCACAAUAGAGUACAAAGAGACAACAUUCCUCUCCAAUAAAACCAAGCAUCCCCUUUUUCACAUACUCACCUACACUUGCUUUUCAUUUCCCUAAAGUCUUUUCAGAGCUUUUCUCCUCCUAACAUCAUCCAAUUGGUAAGAGCAUACAGGCACUUUUAAAUCAGCACAUUCUUCUUCCACCAGAGUAGGAGUACAUGAGGGUGGCAGAGCUUGCAGAGGUUAGGAAUUAGAUUGAAUCGGCUGCUGUCUGAGUCUUUGCCUGCGUGGGCUCUCGCAACUCUAUCAUGCCCCUUGAGACAGAGGUAUGUCGCAUCUCUUCUUUUGCAUGUUGAAGUGCAUUUUUGAGAAUUUGGCAAUAUUGCUUUCUGUGGCCGAUUUAUUCCUGUGAUGGAAAAGUAUGCCCCUACUCUCUCUAAGAGCAAUUACCAGUAGAAAAACCAACAACAACCAAAGCCUUGCCAGGCUUCCUUAAGCACAUUGUUUUUACCUCAUGGGGAUAACUGUUGUACCAGAUCUUGUCAUGGGCAUGAUUGAAAGUCAGCUGAAGCCAGCAAGUGCCAUUUUAUUGCAGUCUGCAGAUUUUGGGUCAGGAUCCUUGCUUCAUACAAAUCAGGUGAAUAAGCAUCACACGAAUGUGUGUAAAGUUUAUUACAGCUUCAAGGAUCAGAUCAGGGUUCUUGAUUCAGCCAGAGGAAAUAAUCCCAGAAGAUGUUGGUUGUCUGUGGAAAGUGCAUUUUUGGGUUUAUUAUUAUUAUUAUUAUUUUUUUUUUUUUUUUUAAAAAAAGACUUUUAGAAAGAAGUGCUCAUUAAUUGCAGAAUAAAUAAAAUGGGGAUUUUUGUUUGCACUGUAA